GAUAAUUAUUGUUUUAUUCCAAAGCAAAAAGGGAAUUUUCACAAAACCCACGUCUCCGAUACUUAAACCCAAAACCCAACGUACCCAGGAACUGGUUACUUUCACAAGUACAACCUUUUUGACCAGUACUUUUCUAACCACCCAUGUUGCCUCUCGCGAGACAGGACGACGGGGGAACUGCGCCGGACUCGGACCUCUCGGACCGGCUCCGGCAGCUCCUCCGUACCUGCGACCUCCGCACCACCACCGCCACCGCCCUCCGCCGCGCCCUCGAGGCGGAGUUCGGCGUCGAUUUGUCCGACCGUAGAGCCUUCAUCAGACGACGAAUCGAACUGUUCCUCGACGGCCGUGAUGACGAGAUUACUACCGAGAACGACGGCGCAGACGACGUCGAUGGGGAAGCGAUUGAAUGGAAGAAGGCGGAGAGUGUGGUGACGUACGGCGAUGAGAGAACCGGCUGCGAAGAGGACGGCGAGGAGGGAGAAGAAAGGAGUGGAAAGAGAAGAAGGAAAGGAAGGUCUGACAAGGUGGUGGAUGUUGUGAAGAAAAGAGCAGGGGGCUUCAUGAAACCAAGUGGUCUUUCUCCACAACUUCAAACAUUUGUUGGAGUGUCUGAACUAGCCAGAACUCAGGUUGUGAAGAGAAUCUGGGCCUAUAUUCGGGAGAAGAAUUUGCAAGAUCCAAAAGACAAGCGAACAAUAAUAUGUGACCAAGCAUUGCGUGCCAUUUUUCGCGUCAAAUCUAUUGAUAUGUUUCAAAUGAGUAAAGCUCUGAACAAGCACAUGCUGCCGCUAGCUGAGGAAGAUGGUUCUGUCAAAUCCUCGCAAAAGAAAAAGCGGCGCAAACAAGGUAGAGAAGGUUCCAAUGAGAGGCAAGUAAAAACGGUGAAGGGCAAAACUUUGGGUUUUCUUGCUCCACUUACACUUUCGGAUGCUCUAGUGAAAUUCUUUGGUACAGGUGAAAAUGAGUUAUCUCGGGGAGAUGUUGUGAAGAAAGUGUGGGAAUACAUAAAGCAAAACGAUCUGCAGGACCCAUCCGAUAAAAAGACAGUUAUUUGCGACGAGAAGCUGAAAGAACUCUUUGAGGUUGAUUCCUUCACCGGCUUCCAUGUUUCAAAGCUUGUUACUGCUCAUUUCGUCAAGGGAAUAGAACAGUGAUGUUAUUUAGUUCUAAGCUGUCAAUGUAGUUAUUAGAGCUCAAAUGGUUGCGUAUUGUGUUCCUUGUGUAAAUUAUGCAGAUCAAUGAAUGCAAAUAGUUUUUGCACAAA